UGACGCGCUCCCCGCCCGCGCCCGCGGUGCCCUUCAGCACCGCAGUUGCCGCCGCCACAUGGACCCGGCCGGUCCGACUGCGCCGCGCUGACGCCGGGAGGAAGAGGACCUGGUUCUGAGCCCCCCGGAGCUGCUGAAGACCCAGAGCCACUAUGGAGUUUGUGAUGAAGCAAGCCCUAGGAGGGGCCACCAAGGACAUGGGAAAGAUGCUGGGAGGCGACGAGGAGAAGGACCCCGAUGCUGCCAAGAAGGAGGAAGAGCGGCAGGAGGCCCUGCGGCAGGCGGAGGAGGAACGAAAGGCCAAGUACGCCAAGAUGGAGGCCGAGCGCGAGGCCAUGCGCCAGGGCAUCCGAGACAAGUACGGCAUCAAGAAGAAGGAAGAGCGGGAGGCCGAGGCGCAGGCGGCCAUGGAGGCCAGUGCGGAAGGCAGCCUGACGCGGCCCAAGAAGGCCAUCCCCCCGGGCUGUGGCGACGAGCCCGAGGAGGAGGACGAGAGCAUCCUGGACACGGUCAUCAAGUACCUGCCCGGGCCGCUGCAGGACAUGUUCAAGAAGUAAGACCCCCUCCGCGCCGUGCGCCGGAGCCCGCAGCCCCGCCCCGUACACACCUCGCGGAGGCCCCGUGCGCGGCCCCGACGCCGAACAAGCCAUAGUCCUAGGCCGCCCUCCCCGCGCCCUCCCCGCACCGCAGCCGCCACCCGCCCGGCGCGCCCAGGGCGCGCACACUCAGGAGCACAGCCAUAGAGAGGCCGGGUCUGGGGCGAGGAGUGGGCGCCGGCCCCUGUGCCUCCGGCCUGCCCGUCGCCUGCCCCUCGGCUCUUCGCAGCCGGCUGGUCUCCUCCAAGGGCGACUAAGCAAUAGGCUUCAUGUCCCGCAGCCCACGCGCGGUGCCAUGGUCCGCCCCAUCCUGUUCCAUCCGCUCCACAACAUGUCCAAUCUCAGGAAGUUGAGUUCUGUGUCCACCGGUUCCUCUUGCUUCUGUCCUCGUCCAACGUGCGUCAGGUGUCCGCGUGUCGCAGGGGCCGGGGCGCGGCCCGGCGCGGACCCUUAACGACCUCACACAGCUCUUUAGAAGCCAUAGCCGCCUGCUGCACCCCGCCCGCGCCCCGCCAGUUCAGCCUGCCCUCCCCGCUCUCUCUGCGCCCUCGCUGGCCCGUGUUUGGGGCGUUCUCCGUGGGAGCCCUGCACCCCGCCAGCUUAGCGCAGCCCGUGGAUGUCGCAUCCGUCCGCCCCACUGCUCUACCCUCUGCAUGUUGGGCCCUCGCGUGGGUCCUUUCCAAUGGGAUCACAGCCAAUAAAGCCCACA